AUGCAGUCCAUCAAGAUCGUUAUCGUAGGCGCCGGCUCUGUCGGCGCAACGACAGCCUAUGCUAUCCUGCUCAGCGGUCUAGCCGCUGACAUUGUCCUCAUCGACAUUGACAGGCACCGUGCUGAUGGGGAGGCUACAGACAUUGGUCAUGCCGCCCAUUUCACACACUCAAAGGUCCGCGCUGGCGAUUAUUCUGAUUGCGCGGGCGCGACCCUCGUGGUCAUUACCGCAGGUGUCAACCAGAAGCCCGGCCAAACGCGUCUCGAGCUCGUACAAACAAACUACGCCCUCUUCGCUGACAUCGUCCCCCGCAUCGCCACAGCUGCUCCGGAUACAAUACUCAUCAUCGCCACCAACCCCGCCGACGUUCUUACGCAUUCUGCUACCAAGCUCUCCGGCUUUCCUGCUCACCGUGUCAUCGGGACCGGUACUUCACUCGACACAACCCGUUUUCGCCGCGAGCUGGGCCACCACUUCGGCAUCAGCCCACGUAGCGUUCAUGCAUUCAUCAUUGGUGAACAUGGCGACUCUCAGCUCCCUGUCUGGUCCCUGGCAAACAUUUCCGGAAUGCGGCUGCCUGAGUAUUGCCGGCAAGCUGGGAGGCCCCACGACGAGGAGGCUAUGGCGGCAUGCGCGGCCCGUACGAGGGGUGCAGCCUACGCUAUCAUCGAAAAGAAGGGAAAAACGAACUACGGCAUCGCAAGUGUCAUUGUCAGCCUUGUGGAGCCAAUUGUCAAGGACUCCGAUGCUAUAAUGACCGUCUCUCAGGUCGGAAAUUACGCUGGCGUUGAGGACGUAGCCCUCAGCAUGCCGUGUAAGAUCAACAGGGGCGGAGCGUUUCAGGAAGUGCCUCUGCUCCUUGAUGAAAAGGAGACUACGCUGUUGAAACAGUCGGCAUCGAGUAUUCGAGAGGUUAUCUUGUCGAUUGAGAAAUGA